GCGUGUUUGCAGUAGGCGAGAUGGAAGACGGCAUCGCUGAUGCACCUGGGGCGAGGAGGCUCACGGCAAGGGAGAGGUCUCUAUUAGGGACGGCGUUGCUUGCAGCUUCCCAUCACAUGUAGACGGUGAGCGACCUGCGGCGGGCCACCGGAAGACAGAUGGGCAGACGGGAGGCCGCCAUAGCCCAGGCUCUGAUGGACGUGCACUCCUCGCCAGGCCUAUGGGAUGCGCUAUUCUUGUUGUCGAAUGCAAUCGUGGCGGGUGUGAUGCCGAAGGAGACGCCAAGGUGGUGGGUGAAAACAAGGACGGGUGGAACAUGGAGGGACCUCACCAUCGCCGACGAUGCGAGCGAGGACUAUUUCCAUGACAAACUGCGGAUGACGAGGACGGUGUUCAACGACAUCCUUGCCGCGUGCAUUCCUUUCAUUCAGCGCAGACUGACUCACUAUCGGGAGCCAUUGCAGCCCGACCAUAUCGUGGCUUACGCGUUGUACCGGUGGGCAUCAGGAAAGACUUUCGACAGCGGCACGUCGUCAUUUGGCAUUGGGAGGUCAUCAGGCAUCAAGGCUGUGGAAGAUGUGACAAAUGCCAUACUGGCUGCGUAUCCGGACAAGAUAGCAAUUCCUACCGGCUGUCGUCUCCUGCAAGUUGUCCGAGCAUUCAGCGGUAAAGGUUUCCCUAAUUGUUACGGCGCCAUCGACUGCACCCAUAUUUAUGUGGACAAGCCUGCAAAUGCGCCGUCCAAAAACUACUUCGAUCGGAAGCAGCAGUUCUCAGUGGUGGCGCAGGUCAUCGUCGACCUCGACAUGUGUAUCAUCGACGUCUUCGUCGGUUAUCCUGGAUGCGUCCACGAUCAACGCGUGCUGCGGAACUCUUCACUGCUCAAGCGAGCAGAGGCGGGCAACAUCUUCAACCCGGACCCCGUCGUCCUACCGGGGGGGGUGAGGACAACAGGGUACUUGUUGGGGGACAACGGUUACGCCCCGCGCACGUGGAUUGUGGUUCCAUAUGGAGGGUCGGAGCAGACGGAGGACAUCGCUUUUUUCGACACACGUCAGAAGACAACGAGGGGGGUCGUGGAAAGAGCAUUCAAACGACUGAAGGGGAUGUGGAGGUUAUUCCUCCGUCAUCACAAGACGAACAUGAAUAACCUCCCGCAGCAAUUCACUGUCGUGUGUAUCAUCCACAAUCUGCUGCUGGAGGCCGGGGUCGCGUUCGGCGAGCGUUUGUUGCUUGAUCGCGACCAUGAAGGGAACACCGUUCCCAUAGACCUCGGUUUGCAAGAUUUGGCGCAGCCAGUGUCCCAGGCGAGCGCCACAAGGUUGCCCUCGCUCUCCGCGAUGCUCUGUGCAUGCAAAUGCGAUAGGAAUUACAACCAGGCAAUCAGGAUUGAGGACGGGUGAAGGUUCGUGGAUGUUUUGUGGGCAGGGACUUCCCUCUGCCCCCUCUCAAGUUAACAGCGAUG